CACACAUCAACUUACGGAUACAAUCAUGGCCUGUUGACGCUCACCCCCGCGCUCGAUCGUCACGGACAUAGCUAAACUCCGAACGUGGAACCCGAACAACAUAUUGCAUAAAGGAGUCUGUAUAGUGACACAGGUCAGACUCAUCUCAGCUCAGUCUACCCUCGUUCCCCCAGAUCAUCAUAUCACCAUAUCCAACGCAACUUCAUGGCCUCCACUAUCGCACUCGUCACUGGGGCGAACCAAGGAAUUGGCUUUGCCGUCUCCCAGAAACUUGCAUCAGAACAUGGAUACCACGUUAUCAUGACCGGAAGACGCGAAGACGACGUCAAGGCCAAGGCGAAAACCUUGCAGGACCUGGGUUUACGCGUCGAAGCUCACGUCAUGGACGUCACCUCUGAUGAGUCUAUCGAUGCUGUUGUACGGGAAGUCGAGAGCAAGUUUGGACACCUCGACGUUCUCGUCAACAACGCAGGAAUCGCCAGAGCCAUGCCCGAGCCGAAAUCUGUUCGAGCCGAGUACGAAGCAUUGCUCGCGACCAACGUUGUAGGCUCCAUAUCAGUCACAGAAAAGUUUCUGCCGCUCCUUGCCAAAUCCCAAACCACAAAGAGGGUUGUCUUUGUCUCUUCGGGAGCAGGCAGCAUCACCCAGUGGACAACCCCGGGGAGCGCUGUUAGAGCUUUCAAGGCGCCGGCCUACGCGGUCAGCAAGACGGCUGUCAACGCAGUCUGCGUUCAGUACGCACUUGCUUAUGAAGACGAUAAGAGCUGGAAGUUCAAUUGCGGCUGUCCUGGGUACUGUGCUACGAACCUGAAUGGCUACAGGGGAGUAAACCCGCCUGAGACUGGAGCUGAGAUAAUUUGCCAUCUCGCCACGUUGGGAGAGGACGGGCCGACGGGGACAUUCGUCAAUGCCCAAGGGCCAAUUGCAUGGUAGAAACAGUAUCGGAUGUUUGAUGCUCCAAGACGUGUUACAGAGGCAAAACUUCGAUAUACAUAUACCAAGGGCUUCGAGUUGUUUACAAAUAUGAGGCCCAAAAGGGUCGAGAGUUAGGCUGAUGGUAAAGAGCUAGGACCAAAAAAUAAGACUUGUCAAAUCUUAGCACUGACGGCGGUAUUAUGUCUUCAACUGCUAGAGAAAGCACACUUGAGUUUUGAGUAAAUAAGGCAGCACUCCAAGACGACUUUCUUCAAGCCCUUAAUGUAGGGGGAUGGAAUAUAACUGCAAUAGAAGGCACGCUGCUUGCCCCAAUCGGGAUUUUAUA